UGUAUAUUUUGACGUGCAGGAUUAGGGCUUUCCAGAAAUAAGGGUUGUGUAGGUCUGUGCUCAAUUGCAUUCAAAUUAGUAAAGAAUUAAACGGAUAAUAUACGUGAUGCAGAUAUAAAAUAUAUACAACCAAAUCGAGCUCCCACUAAACAUAAAAGUAUACGUAAAAUGGAUGAAACUAAUCGCGAUGCGUCCCAGUGUGGACGAGGUGUGUCGCAGUUUAUGCUUGAUGAUUUGCAGCUUGCUGCCGAGCUUGGAAAAACGUUACUAGAACGAAACAAGGAGCUAGAAAUAUUUCUAAAGGAAUAUAAAUGCAAGGGGGAUGAGCAGGAGCGUGAAAUAGUGCAUCUUCGUAAGCAUAUUAAUGCCAUGACGGAAGUGAACGAUUCUCGGCUUAAAGUUUACGAACAGCUGGAAGUAGGUAUUCAGGACCUAGAACGCGCAAACCAACGCCUCAUCAUCGAAAAAAACUCCGAUAAAAAGCAAAUUAAAACGAUAUCUUCCAACACUGAAAUAUUAGAAUCUCGCUGCGAAGAGCUCAGCCAACUGCUAAACGAAUCAAAACAGGCCCUUAGUAUUGAGAGACGGAAAAGUGAUCGGUUGCAACAAGAACUUAAUAGCAGCAUGCCUCUUACUGAUAAAAAAAUUGGCGAUCACAGUGACCAACGCAAUAAGAAGUUUUUAGAUUUUAAUUGUAGAGCAGCAGAUCAUCACUUAUUUGAACAUCGGAAUAUAGCAAACUCAACUGGCGUCGACGAUCGUUCUCCUACUAAUGACAGUCUAUCUUUGGUUGUAGUUAAUAAUAUGUGCGAUAAAGGCGCUGUAAAAUGUGAAGACAACGAAGUACUGGUUAAACUGAUCAGUGAUUUGGAGCUUAUGAAACGAGAAUUGUUAACGGAGCAGAAACGUUGCGCUGAAUUGGAGGAGCAAUUGAUGGCCAUAAUACAAGAGAACCAAGGUCUUCAAACCCGUCUAACUCAAAAUAAUGCGAAUGAGAAAAUGAUGUCCAUGCAUGAUGAGUUCUCACUUUUAGACGACGUUAGACAGGGGCAAAUGUGCAGUCGAUGCUUGGGUGUUAUAGAUGGACGUACAGAAAAUAUCGACGAACAAUCUUCCGUAGAUCAAAUUGAAGACAUUUAUGAAGACGACGAACCAAAUAUGAAUAAUGUGGAAAAUCAAUCUGAUAUAGAGCUUGUUACCAACCAUAUCUCACACUUUGCCAACUGUACACCUGGAUGUUCUUAUAAGGAACGUUUUCGGCACUCACUUAAUCUAAAAACCAUAGAUAACUCAAAUCCUUAUCGUGACUUGGUCGAGAAGUAUGAGGCUUUAGUUGAGGUCCAGAGGACUUCAAUUGCCUCCAUGAACAAUUGGGUUACCGACAUAAACAAUGACAAGGCAAACAAAUUUAGUCCAAAUAUUAUGCACCUGGAAUCUGUAGGAAUAGAUGCCAACAAAAAAGUUGAAGUAGUUGUUGAUAAAUCAAAACAAGCUGUUGUGAUGUCGAAUAGUGCACUGGGACAGACUCAAACUGAGUUCUCAGAGGUUGAAACUUCGUCAUCAGGGUUUUCAGAUGACACAAGUAAUAAGUACACGCAAACUGAUGAGCACCCAGGAUACUUUUUAUGCUCAAUUAGUGAUGGAAAGGACUGUAAAUUUAGUAUUUACGACGAUGUUAGUCCGAUAGACUCCCACUUUCGGCACCGCCCUGAGUACAGAGAACUGUUUAAAGAGAUAUUUGGAGUGCUUAAAAAAGCCGCACAGAAUAAUGAAGUAGACGAAAAAUUGCCAUUGUUAGAAGACGAGUCUCAUAUUGUAAAUCGAGUGACAUCAAAAACCACGAUAGUAUCUACAGUAACCCCUGUGAUCGAACAACAACUGGAGCAAUUUAUUGAUGAAACUCAAAGCAUAGCGUCAUCCGUUACAUCUAACCAUUCUCUAGCCAUUUCAGAGUGUAUCACAAAAAUAGAACGCAAGACAGCUAAAAAGCAUAUAAAUGAUUUCAGAAGUAAUCAAAACAAUUCACCAAUGAUCAAAGAAGCACCUAGUGCGCAGCUUAAUAUGUACAAGCUAAAAAAAUCUGUAUGUGAAACCAAAAUUAAGCCCAUUGAGGAAAAUGGACGUAUUCUUACUCCAAUUAAGCGAGAACCAUUAGAAUAUUUAACUGUGGGCGUAGGAAUAAAAAAAAAAAACCGCCGUAAGCAUAGAAAUCUGUCGACAUUUGGAGAUCGUUUUGAGCGACAAUUAUGGGAUGACAUAGAUAAGCGAAGUUCCAAUAAUGGUGACUAUUGUGGUAAUGUGAACUAUAUGCCAAAAUCUUUUGAAACAUUCAAUACGGAUUUGCGAGGCAUUGGGCGCGAUGUUCGUAAACGUACAUCAGAUUUGUGUAACAAUUGGAAUGGUUCCCAAGUGGUAAUUUAUAACCGAAAUAUUAACAAAUCUCAAUCUGCUAGUGGUCGUGUUAUAGAGUUAAACGGCAUUGAGUUUUAUCAUAAUACUGUUUCACAAGAACUACACAAGCUUAAGAAACUGGAUCUGUCUUACGCGGACGUACUGCGCCGUGCCGACACUUGUGAGCAUAUGCAUUCAAAGUUUCGUAGGCAACGGCUGAACGAAAAUGGCCUCAAUGCGAAUAACAUAAAGAAAAAUUAUCAGCAUCGGCAAUAAAAUCAUUUUUUCGGUAUUGAUACUAGUGAUUUGGUAGAUGCAAUAGGGCGACAAAAAAUUGGAUUUUACCAGACUAAAAUGAAUUCUAGUCUCUUUUUAAAAUUGUCGACUUGUCAGUUUUAAAUGGAAUCGUAAUCAUGGAUAAUAUUAUUCUUUAUUUUCCUAUAACUUAAACAAUCGUAUAUCAACUUUGUAUCCUGACAAAAAGAAACCCCAAAAGCUAUCAAACCAUAAUAUAAGAAACGAAAAAUUAAUAAAGAUCUCUGUAACAUAUAUUAAAA